CUCAACCUAAUUUUCCGAGACAUCGCAUCCCCUUACACUGGUCUAUCAUCCCCACGGAUUACAGAACAGAUUUUACUCUUCUCGUCAUUCCCUGGAGGAUAAGUUCGCCUUCUGUCUCUCCACCAAGGUCCCUCUUCCCAAACCCCAGAGCCGGGGCAACGCCUCCCCGCGCUGGAGCCGCGGGAGGAGGAGGAGGAGGAGGAAGAGGAGGAGUAAAGCGGGCCCUCGGAACGCUGGCCUGUGGACAGCCAUGGAAGCACAGCCGGAGCGGUCCGGGAUUUGGGAUGGGCCCACCCUCGGGAGGGUCCCAGCCCCGCCAAGCGAGGUUACGGACACAGCGAUGCUGGUUCCGCUACCCAGCAAGGGCAGGACGCGGAGGCAGGGCUGUGGAGAACGAUGGUUUGGCGAAGUGUUUGCUCCGGCCUCGGUCGCUGGGAUGCGGGAUGAGGGACAUGGAGGAUCAGCCAAACCCUGCGCGUCCACGGGGCCGCUCAGACCGCACAAAGGGCCCCAGCCGGCCUCCCGCAGUUUCCUCACCUGUGCUUGCCGGCCGACCCUCCGAACCCGCCCCGCCACCGAGAGAAGCCCUGCGAGGCGCGGGAAGACGACUAGAAGCGGCUUCAGCCCUUGGGGCGGCAAGUGCUCCAACUCCACCACCUCGGGGGCCUGCAGGUUGCCGAGGAGCCCAAGUAGAAGAAAUAUGGAGUCUAGAGCCUGAGAAUUUUGAAAAAUUAAAGCCAGUUCAUGGAUUAAUUUUUCUUUUCAAGUGGCAGCCAGGAGAAGAACCAGCAGGCUCUGUAGUUCAAGACUCCAGACUGGACACGAUAUUUUUUGCCAAGCAGGUAAUUAACAAUGCUUGUGCUACCCAAGCUAUCGUCAGUGUGUUAUUGAACUGUACCCAUCAAGAUGUCCAUUUAGGAGAGACAUUGUCAGAGUUUAAAGAAUUUUCACAAAGUUUUGAUGCAGCUAUGAAAGGUUUGGCCUUGAGCAACUCAGACGUGAUUCGACAAGUACACAACAGUUUAGCCAGACAGCAAAUGUUUGAAUUUGAUGCAAAGACAUCCGCAAAAGAAGAAGAUGCUUUUCACUUUGUCAGUUAUGUUCCUGUAAACGGAAGAUUGUAUGAAUUAGAUGGAUUAAGAGAAGGACCGAUCGAUUUAGGUGCAUGCAAUCAAGAUGACUGGAUAAGCGCAGUGAGGCCAGUCAUAGAAAAAAGGAUACAAAAGUACAGUGAAGGUGAAAUUCGAUUUAACUUAAUGGCCAUUGUGUCUGACAGAAAAAUGAUAUAUGAACAGAAGAUAGCAGAAUUACAAAGACAACUUGCUGAGGAGGAACCCAUGGAUACAGAUCAGGGUAAUAAUAUGUUAAGUGCUAUUCAGUCAGAGGUUGCCAAAAAUCAGAUGCUUAUUGAAGAAGAAGUACAGAAACUAAAAAGAUAUAAGAUUGAAAAUAUCAGAAGGAAGCAUAAUUAUCUGCCAUUCAUUAUGGAAUUAUUAAAGACUUUAGCAGAACACCAGCAGUUAAUACCACUAGUAGAAAAGGCAAAAGAAAAACAGAAUGCAAAGAAAGCACAGGAAACCAAAUGAAGAAGAUGCUUUGGGAUGUGUCCACAUUUCUGCUUCUGCACUUAUUUUCAUGGAAACCAUUAAGUAUAAAGAACUUUGAGCAACAUCCUAAUUGACUCAGUGCACGUUUGGCAAUAGUAUCAGUCUGUCUUGUCUUUAAUGCAUGGAUUCGUUCCCUUCCUGCAUCAUGUGCAUGUGGUGCGUAUUAAAUAAAAGCGAUGUUGAGAGUG